AAGUUGGUUUUUGUAGUGAUUUCGUUGAUGUGUGGUAGGAUGAGAAGGAAGAGGAGUUUACAUUCAGCUUUAAUAGGGCGUUCUAUCAGGAAUCAGAGCGAGUCGAUGUCUAUGAAUUUCUUGCUCGGUCGAUUGUUCGAGUUGCUGUUAAUGGAAUAAAUGGGACAGUCAUCACAUACGGACAGACAGGAGCAGGGAAGAGUGAAGACAUACAGCAUGGAGGGACCUGGCAUCCUAUGUUUUGAGGAGCAGAAGAAAGGAUUACUCCCGAGAGUAGUGGAUCGGCUUUUUGAGGCUACUAAAGUUUCCGAAGAAACAUCCAAAUACGUUAUCAAAUUGUCCAUGGUAGAGAUCUAUAUGGAGAAAGUAAGGUUUGUAUCACCUGAUGAGGGACCUUUUUGAUUUAUCAAAAGACAACAUACAGAUUAAGGAGAGGAAAAUGCAAGGAAUAUUGUUGUCCAGAGUGACAGAGGUAACAUGGCUCAGGAAAGAUUGCGCUCUCCUCCUACCAUUAAAACUAAUGAGCAGCUCCAGGCAGAGAUUGAUGAGGUCUGUGAAAUCUUUUAUAAACUGAAAGUUCCUCGUGGCUGCUUCACUGUUGCUUCUGUUCUCGAUUUUGGUCUCACCACCUUGGCAUUUGUCAAGAGGAUCCGCCCCUUCGUCGGAAACCACGAUGAGGUUACCAUGAAUCAUUUGCUUGCUGAGGCUGUGCGGUCUAAUUUGAUUCCUUCUGACCACACAACAAUGACUACAGCACAUCUUUGGAACAGUCAAAACUACUUCAAGACUGAGGCUGGCCGUGCGGCCAUGGAAAGGAUUUUCCGGGACAGACGACUUGAAGCACGUUGUGUCAGAAACUUGACUUUGAACGAUGUCAAACUCUCUCUGGUCCUUCAGUUGCAAGUGAGUGACAUGGCUAAAACUGUUUAAACAGUAUCGGAAUGAGAGUCCUAACAAGACAAUCCAAUAGCUCCAGCAAGGGUUGGCAAAUGUUUGCGGUGAGUACUAUCCUGCUAACAUGUGGAGGAAGCCUGGCCCCUAAGUGUUUGCUCAGCGUGCCUGGACUCUAUUCGAAGAGGCUUGCCGUUGGAAUGGAAUGCCUGUCCCUGCCAAGACUGAUGAGACUCUGAGGACCGCAAAGAAUGGUUAUGGUGGGGUGGUUAUGGCAAAGAAUGGUUUGUGAUGGCCUUGUUGCUUAUCUCCAGCAUCGCAUUGCCUUCUUUGAUGCUAACUACGAUGUGAGGCAGGCCAAUACUUUUCGUCACCACCUGGAUGGCAUUGCCGUCGAGUAUGCUCCUCUUGCAGCCCCUCCAGAUCAGGAGGGGGAUGGUGAUCAGGUGCCUUCCAUUGAGAAGAGGCAGCAGGGAAUAAGAGACUAGCCUGGCCUUUCCCGACAAUUCAAAAUAUCCGAUCGCGCGGCAUUCCCCAACGCCUCGGCUUCACACCAUCACGCUAGUACAUUACUAUGGUUUUGAUAAUGAAUGCCAUGGUUGUUUUAUUUAGUCCAUUAAUUUGUAGUGAAAGUUGGAAUCAAAAGCUCAUAUUUUAACUUCAUGGACACCCUUGGAGCAUAGCUGGUACUUUUGUUUUGCCGUUGUUUUAGCAAUUGCCAUUCUAUUUCUAGUCAGAUAGACCCUUUUAUAUGGCUCUUUUGAGAGCACUGCCUGUACAUUCUUCUUUUAUUUAUUCUAUACAACUUAACAUCACUCCACAAAUAAGAGUGAUCUUCAUAUCCCAAAGAAAAAAGAAAAAAAGAAAAAGAAAAAAGAAGGACAGACUGGACUCAUGGAAUUGAAUACACCAU